AAAAAGCUCAAACCUUUACGCAAAAUCAAAGCUCCUUUCUCUCAACCAGUAGCUUCACCACUACAAAUUGAGCUGAAUAUUAGGGUAAUGCAUUGUCUCACGCAUCGGAAACCGGUAUCCAAAUUCGACUGUUAAAAGGCUAUGGCUUUGCAGUUGCCUCACUCUUAAAGGAGGAGUCUUUACUCAGAUGUGAAAUUUGGCCACCUGGAUUCGGCAUUGAAAGGGUCAAUGCCAGAACCUGAGCUUGCUGUUUGUGUAAUGAGCUGAAUGCAAUUUGCCCAAUUGGGUGUGGUCACUUCAGCACAAGGGUCUGUGUAUAUAGAGUUUUGUAAGGGUCGAUGGAAAGGGAGGAAGGCGAUUUUAUUAGUAUUGUUGAGGAAAGCAUAGAUUUUGGAGUUGAAACAAACAAUAGUUUGGACUUGAAUGUAGAGCAGGACUGUCACAACCUGAAAAUUGUUCAUGGCAAUGGCACUGUGUCCAAUGUAUCAUCUACAAAUGACCACAGUGUCGAUGCAGUUGUGAAAGUUGGUACAGAGUUUGAGUCUGAUGAGCAUGCUUACAGGUGUUAUAAUAAGUAUGCUAAGUUGGUGGGUUUCAAUGUUCGGAAAGAUUGGGUGAAUAGGAGUAAGGUACAUGGUCAGGUGGUAUCUAGGAAGUUCACUUGUUCUAAAGAGGGUUAUCGGCGGAGGGAUAAAAGGGAUGUUACUGUAAAGAAACAUCGAAAGGAAACUAGAACUGGUUGCCUGGCGCAUAUGGUCAUUACUCGUCAACCUGAUGGUAAAUAUCGGGUUUCACAUAUUGAAGAACAACACAAUCAUGACAAUUUAAACGCAAGUAUGGCUCAAGUAUUACCACUGCAGAGGGAAUCCAGUAUUUCUCAAGCUGCUGAUGCUGAACUGGUAGAAGGUACCAAAGAUUUCAGAACACUGUCAAAAUUGGCAUCUGAAUCGAUGAAUAGACGGUUUAGAGUAAGGGAAUCUCUCGAUAAUGUUUCUUUAGGUUAUAACAAUCAUCUUCAAUCUGAAAGGACCAGAGAUAUGAAGAAGGGAGAAGUUGGACGUUUGCUGCAUUACUUUCAAAGGCAACAUGUUGAAAACCCAUCCUUUUUUUAUGCAUUACAGGUUGAUACUGAUGAUAAAGUUUGUAACAUCUUUUGGGCCGAUGAUAAGAUGGUAUCAGAUUAUGAUUAUUUUGGGGAUGUGGUUUGUCUGGACACAAUUUGCAGAACAGACAAGAAUUGUCUCCCAUUUGUACAGUUUAUAGGAGUAAACCAUCACAAACAGGUGCUGAUCUUUGCUGCCACACUUUUGUAUGAUGACACCAUGGAAUCUUACAAGUGGCUAUUUCAAACCUUCUUGGAAGCAAUGUCAGGGAAGAAACCAAGGAUCAUUCUAACUGAUCAAGAUGCAACAAUUGUUGAGGUAAUCGAUUCAGUCUUACCAGAAACAGACCAUCGUAUAUGCACAUGGCAAAUGUACGAAAAUGCUCUCAAACACAUUAGCCCCAUGGUAAACGAUACCGGGUCUUUUGCCAAUGAUUUCAAGAGAUGUAUAUACGACCACAAAGAUGAAGAUGAUUUUGUUUCUGCUUGGGGGGAUAUGCUAGAUAAAUAUGGUCUUCAGCAGAAUGACUGGUUAAAAUGGAUGUUUAGAGCACGAGAGAAAUGGGCUGUGGUGUAUGGUAGGAAUACUAUUUUUGUUGACAAAGGCGCACAUUUGGUCGAAAGUUUAUUUAAUGAUCUGAGAAGUUGCCUAUACUCUGACACUACUGUGCUUCAAUUCUUUAAGCAUUACGAAAGGAUGGUGGAUGAGCAACGGUCCAAAGAAAUAGAAGCUAGCGAUGAAAUGAACAGCUGUUUGCCAAGGCUAAUGGGGAAUGUGGUUAUGUUAAAGCAUGCAAGUAAUGUAUACACCUCAAGGGCAUUUGAAGUAUUUCAGCAAGGAUAUGAGAAGUGUUUAAAUGUUGUUGUUAACCAAUGUAGUGAGAAUGGGUCAUUGUUUGAGUACAGAGCUAAAACAUUUGGGAAAACUCAAGAACACAGUGUCAGAUUCUGUUCCUCUGAUGGUACAGUUAUAUGCAGUUGUAAGAAAUUUGAGAGUGUUGGGUUUCUAUGUAGCCAUGCCCUUAAAGUGCUGGAUCACAGGAAUAUAAAGGUACUCCCCGCCAAAUAUGUCUUGAAGAGAUGGACAAAAGAUGCAAGGUUAGGGAUUGCAAGACCGAGUGAUGUCUCCACCGACAAUGAUAACCCUAAGCUUAUUGUGGCAAGCCGUUACAAAGAUCUUAGCCACAGAAUUCUGAUGUUAUCUACCAGGGCUUCUGAAUCUGGGGAAGCAUUUCAAUUCGCUGUUAGACAACUCGACCAAGUGAUGGACGGGGUUGAGAAAAUUUUGACAUUAAAACCUGAGGAUGCUCAAGCUGUCACGUCAAGCAGCACAGGUACAACUACUUCUGAUAAUGAGCAUGCAGAAACUUUUCUAGAUGAGAAUGCUUUUGAGAAUCAGGGUGAGAAUGGAGUAAAAGGAGCAAACGAACAAGGGAGUGCUGUCCUCGACAGAGGUGAAUUAAUGAAUGUAAAUGGAAACUUCUCUAGCACAAACAGAAUUCAGAUUUCAGAUGCAUCCCCGCAAAGUAAUCAUUCCUACAUUUCUUCGGAACCCUUAACCGGAAAUCCCAUUACACAGGGUUUGUACACUUUUGAAGAGAACCCUGUAGUCAACUGCACGUACGCGCAAGAUAAUGCCAUCUUGUUUCGACCUCCAAACAUCUUUCCUAACCAACACGAUUCACCUUCCCAAUUGCAAUUGCUUCAGGAACCUCUUAUCAAUGGCACAUACCAAGAACCCAUGUCUGAACUGAGGCAGGCAAUGGAUCUCGAUCUCGAUCUCCACCCUCCACAUUCACCUUCAUUUUUGCUCUGACCCUCGCAUUCUUUGACUUAAGUCAUCGAAAUACAAGGAUCAAAUGAACUAAUCUAACGACUCCCAACUUCCGAGCUUUAACUAUAAAACAAGGGAACGUCUUCCGUGCUCGGAGCAUACGGUGCUCGAAGUUUUGGGGUCCACCCACGUGAUUUUCACGUGACUGUUUAUUAAAAUAUAAUGCAUAUAGGAAAGGUUUAGCCGGUUAGUCGGUUCCCAGUUCCAAGUUUUACACAGACUGGGUUUUGUGUGAAAUGAAAUUAAUGCAGACCAGGGUGAAUUGAUUAAUGAAUUUAUCUAGGUAGAAAUGGAUCUUGGAUUGAGUUCUCGUGGGAGUGUUCAUCACCAUGCUCCUCACCGUAAGUAUAACCAUAUCUCUCCAUUCUUCCAAACUCAUUUUCACUGUCAGCUGCAGAAUUCAGCCCGGAUUUGACCAACUCACUCACUCGAUCUGAUCUUGAAUUUCACACCAAAUUCAAUUCCCAUUCAAUAUUUGACCUGCAAUCGAAUUUCGAACAGGCAGAGGGAGAGAGGGUGGCAGAAGGCCUCGAAAAAAAUUAAUAGAGAGGUGCCAAAUUCUCAGCCAUUAGUUUGGUUAGCUGAUGGGUAUCACCAAUUUCAUCGUCACCUCUUCUUCUCUGCUGUUCUGCUAAAAAAUCCAGAAACAGAAUGGAAUGAAUCACAGAAAGAAAUAUGAGCAACGUGGAAGCUCCACCUGCUCACGGCCUUAGUUCUGCUCGAAGCUCUCUGGCACCCUUGCACUCCGACAUCGGCGGCAGCACCACCUUCAUCUCCGGCCAAGACCUUGCAGCCAUGAGCCGACAUGAUCCUCAUGAGAUUGACGGCGGAGGCCAGGACGGCGUCGAUGUGGAUGACGGACGUUGUAGGGGAGUUCCUCGACCGACUUGAUGAAAAGCGCCGGAAAUAAGCCAUCCUUGUCCUCGCUGGUGUGCCGCCGUGACGCCGCCUAGCGCCGGAGCUCCGGUCGGGUCAUCCUUGCUUGUGUCCAGAUCGAGAACUUGAUCUCAUCAAUCUUUGGAGCCCAGAUAAAUAGUUUCGAUCAACGGUUCAGAUCAAACAGUGGAGAGUGGACGGUCCAGAUGGCACCUCGUAAAAAAAAUUAACAAAUAUUUUCUUCUCAAAAAAAAAAUAUUUCUAUAUUUUCUAAAAAUAAUUUUUAAAAUUUUUAAACUUUGAAAAAUCUUAAUAAAUAGCUGGGUGUCCGUAAAAAUUCCCAAAAAUUCUUAGAGACUCGUCGUGAUGUGUACUCUAAUAUUGUGUCCCAAAUCUUGUAUUCAUUAACGAUCUAGUCAUUCAA